AAAAACCCGAAAAAUCGAAAUCCUCGCCCGCCAUUAUUCCUCUUCCGAAAAUUUUCAGUAAAAGCGAGGGAAAACGAAAAGAAAUCUGAAAUUUGGAUUUCCUUUAUCCUGAAAAUCUAUCACUCUUUCUAAGAAAGGAUCAUAGAAACUCUGAAGCAAACAAGUGAAUCUGAUUUUUCGAUUUUUUCUUGUGGGUGCUUUUUUGGUCGAGCUUCUGGCUAUGGCGGUGGAGAGCAUGAAACAGACCAGAGAAACAACCAAUCGUCCUAAUACUGCUGCUGAAGUAAGGAUCGAAGGUUCCAUCAAUGGAAAAACUUGUCACCAGUGUCGUCAAAGGAGAAUGGAUUUGGUUGGAUCGUGCGUGACAAAGAAGCGAGACAAGACAUGUCCGAUGAAGUUCUGUCCCAAGUGCCUAUUGAACAGGUACGGAGAGAACGCUGAAGAAGUUGCGUCGAUGAAUGAUUGGGUUUGUCCCAAAUGCAGAGGCAAUUGCAAUUGUAGCCUCUGCAUGAAGAAACGGGGUCAGAGGCCUACAGGGAUAUUGGUACACACAGCUAAAGCAACUGGGUUCUCUUCUGUUUCGGAGCUUCUUAAAAAGGAAGGUGCUGAUAAAUUCUUCUACAAGAAGAAGGUGAAACCGGAAGACGAUGUUGUAGCUUCACUGCUGAAACUUGGGGAGGAGACUACUGUUGUGCAAAACCAUGUUGAGGUUAAAAAAUCGAAAAAAUCUAAACGUGAAGAGCUCAAGGAUGUAAAGAACGGCUGUGACGAGGAGAAUGCUGCAGUGAAAAAGAGCAAGAUCAUGAGAACAAAACCUGUUCUGAAGAAGAAAGAACAUCAGAGUGCUGAAGUGAAAAAGAGCAAGAUCACGAUAACGAAACCUGUUCUGAAAAAGAAAGAGCAUCAGAAUGCUGAAGUGCAAAAGAGCAAGAUCGCGAGAACUAAACCUGUUCUGAAAAAGAAAGAGCAUCAGAUUGAGGAGGUUAAACUACCUCAGGGCAUCGACUCAAUCACUGUUUCUGGCAUUGACUUGCCCCCUGAAGAUGCUGGAAACGUAUUUCAGUUUUUGGAGUUUUGUUCAGCUUUUGAAAAGGCUCUUGAUUUGAGGAAAGGUCAAGCUGUGUGUGUUAUACGUGAAAUGUUAUCCGGGAGAAGCAAAAGGAGACAACAACAUUCGACUCUUACCCAAAUGAUAAUCCAGUUACUCACUGUGAUAUUGGAAGAUAGAGGAGAAACAUCGGUUUGCCUGAGUGCAAAUGAUGAUAGCUGGUUCACCGCUAUUGGAGAAUGUCUUUUGGAAUCAGAAGUUCAGCUUGAUUAUUUUCCUCCUGAAAUGUUUCAAAAGGGCAUUGAUGCGUAUGAGAAGCUGGACUCAUCAAAAAGGCUUAACCUUUUGAAUUUCUUAUGCGAUGAGACCCUUGGCACAUCGGUGAUGAGGAAUUACAUUGAUGAAAUUGUUGGAAGGAAAAAAGAUAUUUUAUCUCAAGGAUGUGAUGAUAUUCUUAGAAUCAAACCGGUUGAAGUGGAUGAAAAUGGUUUUAGUCUCUGGAGAUUGAAGUCGUACAAUGAAGAACCAAACUUGUUGCUUCAAGAUUUUGGAAGUUGGAGUGAAGUUUGUCCUCAUGAAAAAUGGUAUGCUUUUAGCUCUGAGCAGAUACCAGAGUUAGAGAAGUACUUCUCUUUCAAAAGGAUGAAACAGCUCCAAGCAAAGAAGAAGUGAUGAUUUGCUUUUUGGCUACGAACAAGUAAGAACAUGAUUCUGAUAAGAAGAGGUAAAAAACGGCUAACUCAAACUCUUUUAAACAUGCGAUUUUAAAUUGCAUCUGAGUAUAUGAAUUGUUGUUGUUAACAAGCUCUGUUUGUAACUUAUUAUGUUAAAAACCAUUCCAACUUUCUUGGAGACGAUCAUGAUAGUUGGGAGUUUAUUGUAAGGUCCAAAGAAUGUAUGAAAAUGAGACCAGAUUCUAUAAUAUUUGUAUUUUGAUUGUAUUUUCAGUUUUUGUAAUGUCGGUCCUCUUUUUUGGUU